AUGGAGAAGGCCAUGGCUUCCACCGACUCCUGGGCGAUGGUUGGCAGUCCAAUCCUGUGCACCUUCCAGGAGGUGGUUCAAGAAGAGGAGUUGGAGGAGGCCCUGGAGCUCAAAGGCUUGCAAGGCUGCCUCCUGCGUCAGGUCUCUGAUCUGGUCUGGGAAAUCACCACAGCGGAAGUCCAGAAGCUGGGGUCUUCGCUGGAGGUGGACACCGAGGCUGGCCCGGUCGUGGGGUCCCUGGGCGCAGGGCUUCCCCUCACUCCCGUGGUUUGGCUAUCGCCAGCACACGAUCUGCCAGGAGCCUCGCAAGCCUCGGGGGCCUCGGGGGCCUCAUCCCUGGAGAGCACUUUGAAUGGCCUCACAGCAUUAAAGAGGAUGAAUGCCAGAGCGUUUACACAGGAUGGUGGAGUGGGGAUCCGGUUUGAGGACAUGGCACAGGCGAAGGCUUACGUGACGAAGAAGAGGGGCAGCCUGAAGAUCACAGUGGACGAUGUUGAGAGGCAGUACAACUUGGAGUUGCUGGAGACCUCAUUGGGUCCAGCACCGGUUCCAGUCGACACGUUUGACACUUCUGCAGGCAUGUCAAAGCCUCCCAGCUUCGCUGGGAAUGCACCAGUGGGUGCAUACCCUGCAGCCCAUGACUCACCGUCUAGCGCUGCUUCGCCGGCAGCCCCAAACUCAUCAUCCAGCCUGGCGCCAGCAGCAAACUCAUCAUCCAGCCUUGCUUCGCCUGCGUUGGCCUCGCCGACGGCAGGGCAGAUACCCGCGCCAAGGCGGAAGGCUUUUGAGCGGCCGGAAGCCUUGCCGCCGCCGGCCGCCGGGGCCGUGCGCGUCUUCGGGUCCCCAGAGGACUACGUUGACAUCCCGUUUCAGCCGGGGGAUCGCAUGGCGGAGGUCUAUGAAGUUGCACGCAAGAGGAUCCCCGGCUGCAUCCUCGCUGAGCUCCCGAAUUGUCGCGAGGCCCUGCUGCCUGACGAUCGAGCGAAGUGCUGCGAGGUCUUUGCCGUGACGCCCAAGUCUCUGCCUCUGGUGCUGCCAGCUAAGUUUCAGGUGACCCUGGGCGACGCAGGUGAGAGGGAGGUGGACCUUGCUUUGCUGAAGCACUUGCUGUGCGAGGUGUUGGGCGAGUACAACUACCGCGUCAGAGACGAAGAGACUGCGCACUUUCUACACAAGACGGAGACCCCUGGCAAGACAGAGCUCGUCGUGCUGAGGUCGGCUGUGGAACGCCUGGACGCCCUCGUGAACCACAGGAAGAUGUCCUUCUUGAGCGUCGUCGGGAAGCCCCGGGAGGGAAAGAGCACGUUGCUGGAGCUCAUGCGCCGGCAUUGCAGCGAGUACGACGGAGGAGCGCUUUUCAAGUGCUCCGACGCCACGGAGAAGGCGUGCACGAAGGGGCUGUGGGUCUCCAUGCAGCCUUUGACGGCCCCUGGCCCUCAGAACAGGGACACGGCCCUGCUCUUCCUGGAUUCCGAGGGCCUUUUUGCCGAAGACGGCACGGACCCGGACUACUUUGUGCGGCUCUUCACCAUCACCUGUGUCCUGUCCAGUGUGAUGAUCCUGAACAACAAGAUCAGCAACACCGUGGAUGAAGGCUUCAAGGCACCCCUGUAUCGCCUGGCGGUGCAGUACAAGAGCUUCUUCGACAAGAACGAGUGGAUCGAAGAGCACAAGCCAAAAGUCCUCUACUUGGCAAGGGACUGGAACUCUCUUCAGAACCUCGACGAGGACCAUGCGGCGUGGGUUGAGGCUUCCGGCCGGCUGUCCAACCGAAAGAGUGAUCUGCGGGACAGCAUGCAGUUCAUCAGCGACGCCUUCGGGACUGUUUCCUUCGGCACUCUCCCCAGCCCUGUUCCUGGCGUCAACAAGGAGGAUGUUGUGUCCAAGGUCCUUGAAGUAGGCUUCCGGGACAAGCUGGGUGCAAUCCUUGCAAAGCACGUCUGGCCAAACUUGUCACCCAAGCAGUUCGAGUCGGACGGCAGAACUUGCUUCCUGAAGGGCUCCGAGCAGUUGCUGGAGCUUCUGCAAGACACAGUCAAGGCCGUUUCGACAGAAAGCCUGCCGUGGCACGCGACGCUGCACAAAGUCAGGGAGAAGGCGGCGCUGGAAUGGCUGGGUGGCGAGGUGCAGAAGCUGGCCGCAGAGCUCGAACAGCAGUUCAACUAUGUGGAGGCACAGGCCAGAUCCGACCCCGUCGCUCUGAAGGACUUGGCACAGCGCGCCCGGCAUGCCCAGCUGGAGGUCUUCGACGAGACGCGGGGCCGCGGCAGCGCGAGCGAGCCGCAGGGUCCCCGCCUGAGGGUGUCCGGUCCACUCGAGAAGCUUCGGAGCUUCCUCGGGGACCUUCGCAUCGAGGCUGUCCAGAGCCUUGGCGCUGCCUCCAGGAUCGUGCCCUUGAAGAUCCAGGACCUCCUGCGACAGAUCGCCGAAGGCCGCGAGAGGCUCGCGCAGCCCGUGGAACUGGAGCUGGCGCCGCUGGGCUACUCGCCGCAAGCCGCGGCGGAUCGGCUGAAGGCAGCACUGGACAAGCACACGAAGUCUCUGUUGAUGACAGCGAGUUCUAUCUGCCAGUGCUGCGUGGAUUCAGAAAUUCGGUACCUCUUACAAGGUUUCGAUGCAGCUGCUCAGAAGGCCACGCACGCCGAAGCCCUGCAGAAGCUUGCGGAGGACGCGCGACAACAGAUCUGUGCGCUGGCGGAGGAGUAUGCAUGUGGGGAGGACUCGUGGGCAGGAGCCGGCGCACACAUUGCGGCGGUGGUGUCAGGCAUCCUAACAACACCAGCUUUGAUUGUCCAGAAGGAAGUCGAGAAAAGGUUCCACCGCAAGCUGGGGUGCUUACCAGAGGUUCCAUGGGAAGAGGCCCUGAAACAGUCCAGUGGUGAGCGGCUCUUCAUGGUGACCAUGCCGGAGCAGGAGAAGGAGGCGAUCCACGGCCUCUUGCAGGACUACGUCUUCCCUCGCACGGACCUGCCAGAAAUCUGCCGACGAUUGCCAGAAGAGGACAUCCAGGGCCUUUUGGCAGAGAAGGUGGAGAUGUUCGAGAAGGCCAUGUGCAAUGAGAGGCGGCUCAGGCUCAAGAAUGAGCUGGUCCGCUUGCUGAUGCCGUUCCGGGCCGACAGCAGCCUCGUCGGCGCCAUCUGCCAUGACUUCUUUCAACCAGGCCCGAAUCCCAAUUGGCCCACUGCUCAAACCUUGGGCCAGUUGCUCCAGAACGCCUUUUGGGCCCAUUGCGCCCAGCAGAAGACGGAGCUGCUUCCUUGCGUCGCGGAGGUGCAGAAGCUGCUGCAGCAAGAGCCUCCGCAGGAAGCCAUGCUCGGCGGCGCUUGCGCUGAGAUGGUUCGGACCGCGCUGGGCGAAGUCUGGAGAGGCCUCGAGACGUCAGGCUUCGUCGACUACCAGGUGGCUGUCCAGGCGCCGGACGAGGAGGCGCUGAAGCAGAAGCUGACGGACGUGGGCAUCCAAGCUUUCCGCGUGCAGGCUUUGAGAGCGCAGAAGGCGAACUUCAAGGUGAUCUUAUCGCAGGCCGAUCUCUGGAGGAUCACCAAGCUGGGGCGUGUGAGGAUGUUUAGGGAUCUCGGAGUAUGGGUGCCGAGCCCAAGAUGGACAUCGAAGUACUACAAAGCGGCGGAGGAGGGAUGGCAGAAGCACGUUGCGUCCUCCCGCCCAGAAGACGACCUCAUUCAGUACAAGGACAGCUUUGAGGAAGUGGUGCUCGACUAUGAGCAAGGAGACAACUACUGGGUGAACAGGGAGGAGAUCUCCGUGCGCCCCCGCUUCAGCCUGGUCCUCUACCCACUCCCCCAGUCGGACGCCGAGAAGCUGAUGUCCCAGAAACUCACGAUUGCGGAGGGUGUGGAGGUUCUUUCCUUCUCCGUCCUGGGCCCCGAUGCGACCCGAAUGGCCAUUGCAUGGGUAGAGGUUGGCCGAAGCGCAAAAGACUCUUUCAAUUGUCCGAGGCAGUUGACCUGCACACUGGGUGAGUUGGAGUUCUCCCCCAUCGUCAUGGCCAAGACCGACGACUGGAUAUGGUCGAUGGACCCGCCGGCUGACAUGGUCUCGGCUUGGAGGGAAGUGGAGACGAGACUCUUCCAAGGUCACAAAGCGAAGGUCCUGCAGAGAGUCUGUGCAGACGAGCCCCUCAACGAGGCCGAGAUUAAAGGCGAAGUGCUCCGCGAUGGACUAGCACAAGAGCAUGUUGACGCCAUUCUGGCGGCCGCGCUGAGCAAGAAGGAGGCUGAUAGGCUUGACAACCGCAGCCGCCAGAUUCGGGAAGACCUGGAGCAGCUUUCGGGCUUGCGAGCCCGUUCGGAGCCCGAGCUGCCCAGCGCUCUCCGCGCCCGCCUGGGACCGGAAGAGGAGGCAUCCGCGAUUCUGGAGCAGGCUCUGAGGCCGGUAAUGGAGGACCUGAUGAACCAGGUGUUGGAGGCAGAGGAUGCGGACAUGCUCCAGAACCUGGUCCACGCCUUGAGGGAGCCCUUGAAGGAUCCGGUCGCACGGAGCAUGCAGGACGAGCUCCGGGGCACCGCCUCCCGGCAGCUGCCGCGGGCGCAGAACAAGCAGAAGUUUGAGACCCUCGCUAGCCUCUUCGGGCUUGAGGAGGAGCGUCGCCCGGACUUUGUGGCCGAAGUGACUCCGAAGACGCUCGAUGCCAAGGGGGUGGCCGAGGUGAUCUACAGGCUCGGUGGCCGCCGCUGUGUGCCGCAACAUAUCUUGAAUGCCUUGACCGGCUCGGCCAGGCAAGAGAUUGCCCGUGCGGCGACGGAGGUCUGUGAAGCCUUUGCGAGGUACACGGAGUGCAGGCUUCCGCGACAGAAUGCCCCGAAUUUCAGUAGUGCCAGGGCAAGGGGCUGUGACAUCCUGGCUCACAGGGAGGUGGGAGAGCUCUGCUAUUUCCUGCUUCGGGAUGCAGACCGCAUCAUGCGUGAGACGGCUCCGACCUACUUCGAGCUUGUGCAGGCAAUCCCCUGCCAGUUGCAGACGGAACUGAGUCCUGAAGCAGCGUUUGAUGAGCUUGACAAGCUUCGAGGCCCUAACUACGCCUUUGUUGGCCAGAUGUGGGAGAAAGAGGGCCGCGUUCACGCAAGCUUGAAUGUAUGGAACGACAAGCUCGAGAUCAUCCCGUUGCCGAGCUUCAGGUUGCUGCAAAUGGCUGUGGUUACCCAUCCAAAGGCCAGGCUCGAGCGUGAGGCCUUCCCAGUCUCCUUGAGAGAAGCGGUCUUCUUUGCCAGCUCGAUCGACGACGUCCGAGCACAAGUUCCGCCAGAGUACUCGCCAUGCUGCAGGGUCUUGGCACCGGCUCAGUUCCAAGCGCCGCCUGCGAUUCCAACUUCAGACCAGCGGCACAUGCUUACCGCGGACUUCAAGUCCUUGGACGUGGUGGACUUCUCGGCCUUGGCUGACAAGAAGUGGGAUGCCGAGGCCUGCAAAGAGCUCACCUGCGCUUGCGAGGGCCAGCGGGAGGAGCAGAUGGCCCUGCGCGUCAUGGUCAUGGCCCACACUCGGUUGACAUGUGAUGCGGGCACAUACACCGAUGCAGAUGGGGGGACCUGGAGGCUACCAAAGCCGGGUGCCUCGCGCGUCGUGGCGCAGGGAAAAGCACUGGUCUCAGGGCCCCGUUUUGGGGCGACAACCGUCAGCGUGAGCUGCAAGGACAGCAUCCAGGCUGCCAGAGACCUCGGCCGCAGCGGAGGCAAGGUUCUGGUGCUGAACAUGGCGAACCGCCAGGGGCCAGGAGGCGGCUAUCGGAAGGGGAGUCAGGCCCAGGAAGAAGACCUUUUCCGUCGCACCACGCUGAGCACGGCACUGGUGCAUGAAUACGGAUCUGCAAUCACGUACCCUCUUGCAGAGUUCUCGCCCGUGGUCUCCGAAGGAAUCUACGCUUUUCGGGGGCCAGACCGAGAAGGCUACGCCCUAUGGAGCCAUCCGUUUUCCUUCGACGUCGUUUCCAUUGCUGCCUACAACGGAAGGAAGCAGGGAGGCGGACAGAAAGAAGCCUGGGAUGUGAUGGAAGGCACCGGCAGCGCAGAAGAUGAAAAGGUCUUCACGGAGAGGGGCUUCUGGUGCACUGUGAGGAACGUGGCCAGCUUGCUUGAAGCCGCCGCUCACCAUCAGCCGGACCACCUGGUGCUAAGUGCCCUGGGCUGUGGGGCUUUUGCAAACAAUCCUCGCCAGGUGGCCAGCAUCUUCAAUACACUCCUGCAGGCUUACGCUGGGCAUUUCAGGACUGUCGAGUUCGCCAUUUUGGACCGCAAUCCGCAUGAGCCAAACAGCAAUGUCAGCAUCUUUCGGCAGUACCUGCUGAAUUACGCUGAAAGCAAGCGGUUCCCAGCAAGUGAUGGCCAGAGUGGCUUCAGCAAGAUCAUGUCCUUCAAGCAGAUGUGUCCCAAGCUCGGUCUCUGCGAGGAUUUUGGCGACGAGCACACAGCCAACUUCUGGCAUCCAGACCUCUGUGGCAUCUCCGGUUGUGAUGCGACCGGAGACCAUGCGCGCUUGUGGAGGCACCAGAAGCUGUGUCCGGAUGAGAACUGCAGGAUUAUGUUCGGUCCUGAUUCGGGUCCGGAGCUCGAGAAAAGGCGGAAGCAUGAGAAGGUCUUCAAGCACAAGCCGCAGUGCAUCCUUCCAGACUGCAGAGACCGAGGCCACUUACACCCGCCCCCAUUCAAGAAGGGCAUGGCAUGCAAAGAGGGAGCGAACCGGCACGUGGACGGAUUCUUCUACUCCCACUCCAUCAUGAAAUGUCGACGCGGCACGUUCUGCGGCAAGUGGUCAGAUCCAGAGCAUCGGAUGAACUUCUCUCACGAGUUCAACAUUCCUUGUGACGAGCCCUUGGCCUGUGACAUGAUGCAUGACAUCGACCACAUGGCUCGCUAUGCGCACAUCUGCCCAUCUGGGAGCCGCUGUGACAAGCUUUCAGACACGGUGCACUUGCGGCAGUUCAUCCAUCUUCGGCGCCCACCCUGUCCUGAGAGGGUUUGCAAUGCACACCAGCGAUCCAAUUUCGAGGACCACCUGAACUUGUUCGAGCAUGUUGGUGUGAACCUGAAGCGCGACUGGUGCCCCGCGAAGCAUCCCUGCCCAAUGCAGCAGGGGAAGGAGCAUGCGGAGAAGUAUGCGCAUCAUAAGCCAGAAGGGCUCCCAGCAUCCGCCGUCUGGGGCCACAACACAAGGCGGAACUUGAUGGAAAAUGAGGAGGCGCCAGCGAAGGUUUCCUUCCACCGAAAUGCCAGCAACAUGAUCGACAAGAUCAAGAGACAUCUUCCAGGCGACCCAGCCGAUGGGGAAAAGCGAGCAGCCAUCAAUUUCUGGGAACACUGCCGCCCCGUCCAUCGCCUGCCCGUCAAACGCUUUGCAAGCGUGCUGAGAACAGGUUUCCUUGCCUCGCACCACUGCCUUCAAACGCGAAGCAGAGACAGCGAGUAUGGCAUGCAGCUGCCAUCGGUCGUUGCCUUGGUCGGGAAGAGCCCAAAGGAGAACAUCUCAGAAAUCCAGGAGUUCGUGGACCUCUUCCUCAAGCACGAGAUGUUGAAGGCCGAGAACGACGGCUCCCAGCAAUUCGAAAGGAUGAUCCAGCGGCUUAGGCAGGAGAACCAGGUGGCGGUGAGUGCGGUCGGCGGCGCCCACGCUUUCUUGCAGGACGUGAGGAAGGAGUUGGACGGGCGCUGGCAGCGAAUGGAGACCUUGUUCGAUCGAGCCGAGGUUCGGAACAUCGGGCUGGAGCUCAGGGCCUACUUGGAGGCUAUCGAUGAGCUACAGAAGGCCAGUGAUGAGGCCGAGGCGCAGGGCAUCGACCCUAAAAUCGGCAUCGGCCACCAGUUCGACCGCCUCUUCGAGACCAACAAGAUGGUCUUUGCGAUCCUGGGACCUCACACUCUUGACGACUAUGGCGAGGACCCGCAAGAUCAGGAGGACCUCGGCGUUCAUCUGGUCCUCCGGCCCGACUCCUUGUACCAUCCGGACGUCUUCUGCACGCCCAUGGCAGCCACGUUCUACAACUCCGGUCACGGUGAUGCGCACCGUCCCUGGUGGAAGAGGUGUGAGGAGCCCAACAGCCCAUUUGACAAGAUGGCAUCUGAGAAGCUCCACCCCAGCUCGCCCCUGUUUCACGAAGCCUUGGCCACGGAGUUCAUGGCCAGAGCUGUGCACAAGCAGGGCAAGCGAAUGCCCGAUGCCACGGCCCAGGACAUGGUGAGGUACCUCAAGAAGGAGAACGCCCACGUGGUUGUGGAGUGCCAUUUGCCCUACGUCACGCCUCUAACAUGGGUGGAGUCGGUGAUCAUGUCCAAGCGUACGUUCCAGAAGAUGAGCAGAGAUGACCAGGAACGUGCUCAGCACGUGUUUCUCACUCGCCUGAAAUUGGUGGAUGGGGACAGGCUGGCGAAGGAAGCGCAGUGGACGCAGGCCUCGAAUCCCAUCAUGCGGCCCUUGCCAACCCCAGGCUUCACCUGGACCUCGCUGGCCUCUCGUUCAAGAGAGGUGGUGCUCCCCGUGCAGUUGCAGCCGAAGAAGAGGACGCGGAUCUUCUUUCGAGCGUCGCGGCCCACGUUUGAGGUGUACCUGGCAUCGCAGCGAAGUAGCCGCAUGCUGACGCAGCCCAUCUCCUUCCAGAUCGCAGGGUUGCAGUGCUUGGCCCAGGAGCCAAGCCGCAACACAGCAUACCGAAACCUAGAGUUUAACAAGCGUGUCGGUCAGGGUGUCCAGCCCGUGCUCUACUGCCUGGACAUCAAUGGCCCCGAGAGUCGCAUCACCCUCAGCCACGCCGGAGUCUCCUCAAUGCUCUCCACCGCGAGCCUGGAGAUGACCAAAGUCCCGACCAUGCCCACCUACGCGAGCUUUCGUGUUCCUCCAGGGUACAUCAGCUUCACGGACGUCCGUGUGUACGUGGGCAAUGAAGACACGCACUUGCUGGAGCACGAGCGCUCUUGGCGAGUGCUUGAGGCGGACGAUGCUGAAGGCGGUGAUGGCGGGGAUGGCGGUGAUGCCAGUGUGCAGGUGGGCCUUGAAUCAGGGCCGGCGCAGGGCCUCUUGUCAUUCAUUGCCAGCUGGUUCAAGACUACCUCAGAGCUGCCUAUUUGCGACAAAGGAGUCACAUGUGAGUUGGCACAGCGGCGUGAAGCUCACGCUGAGCACAUGAAGGAGAAGCGCCACUUGUGCCUCCACGGCCGCACCUGUCGCCAGCGUGGGGAUUCCGAGCACAUGAAGCAGUUCGUCCACCUGGACAAGCCAGAGUGUCCUUCGGGCGGUCACUGCGCCUUGCUAGGCGACUUACAUCACCGAGCAAAGUUUCACCAUGCGAACAUGUGGGACUUGCUUCUGCCGUGCCGCUAUGGAAGGACAUGCAGGGCGAAAGACCCUGCGCAUCGCAUGUACUACCACCAUUCCAACAGUUCCUAUGACCUGACGGAGGAAGGUCUCCGUCUUCUCUCGCAGGAUCAGCCUGGCCAGCCUUCGGGGCCUUCGAGGAGCGAGGCGGCCAAGGCCCCUCAAGGACCCGGGCGCGCCGCGCAACCUCGAUCCUCGGCUGCCGCUUCUUCCUCGGAGGCGCCGCCGGGACCUUCCACAGGCUUGGACUUCACCGCCAUGGAUGUGGAGACCGACCAGGGUGGCGACAUGGCCGACAUCUACAAUGAGGGGGCGAUCGCCGGCCAGUACGGGGACGCCAAGCUGGACCAGUACGGUAAUCCCAUUGGCGGAAACUUCGACCUCGCCAAGGAUGGUGCCUUUAAGGGCUUCAGAAUCCUGGUGCUGUGCGCGUACCGAGGAGAACAGUUGCCUCAGUCCUUGGACAAGCUCACCGUUCCGGAGCUCAAGAAGAAGGGCUUCGAGGUAAAGCACUGUGUCACGGAGGACGAGUUCACUCAGGAGAUGCGUCAGGGCCGCUACCACGUGGCGUGGAUCAUCAGCUCCGACAGGUUCAAUGGCAACAAGGAGGCCUUUCUGUCCGAGGUGCAAAAGUUCCAUGAGAAGGGCCGCGGUCUCAUGAUCUGGGGCGACAACCAACCAUACUUCGUGCAUGCGAAUGAGAUCCUCUCCAGGCUCUUCAACUUCAGGUUGACAGGCAACACACCAGGUGGCACGGAGCUGCUUCCGGGCAACCCGAAGCAGCCAGGCCACUUUGGUGAUCAUCCCAAGGUCUGCGCGGGGAUCGUGAAGCUCCACGAGGGCGUCACCAUUUGCUACCCCGACAAUCUGCCAAGCUCCUGGAAGGUGUUUGGCACGUCCUCCAACAACAGGCCUGUCCUUGUCUCCAAAGAAGCCUCGACAGAGCAGGUGAAGGCAAAGGAGGGCACCGGGCGUGUCAUCGUUGACAACGGUUUCACCAAGAUCAUGGAGAGCUGCUGGACUACCGCAGGAACCCCUCGCUACGUGAGCAAUUGUUCGGCUUGGCUGGUGCUGCGCGAGCGCUUCAAGCACGCUGGCUGGGGCUUUGAAGCAGCGGCUUCCUCAACCGAGCAAGCUCCUCCGUUUCGGGACUAUAGCGCUUGA